AUGAAUUAAUCUUAUCAAUGACGGGACCUUGGUAGCUGGCAGGAUAUCCAGUCCUCGCUAUAAAAGAUCAGGUGAGGAGGAAAGUACUGACGUUUAGUUCCUGUGGGCAGCAGACAAUGGAGAACAGUCUUCAUAUUGGGCUCAUCUGGUUGACCAUCACAUCAUUGACAUCUUCUCUCCCGCUUCCAGGAGAAGUGGAUGAUAGGUGGUCUCUUCCGCUGACCGCUCCCGAAGAAGACGACUCGGAGGAUGUCUUCUCUCGAAUCUUAAGGAUCCACAGAGGUUCUGCUGUGAAGCUGUACCACGGGGACAUUGCCCUGCAUUCUACCUACAGUGCCAGCAAGUGUUCCAACUGCCUAUGGACCAAAUCAGCAGAUGGAAAGGCCAGAGUGGCCUACACCCUCUCCUCCGAAUACAGCAGUGAUGAGAAGAGUUUAAUUACGGAAGCCUUGGGGGCCUUCAGUACUCUGACCUGUGUCCAGUUUGUUGAGCGCUCUACAGAACAAGACUAUCUGAAUAUCUUCUCAGGAAGUGGGUGCUGGUCAUAUGUUGGGAAGAUGGGAGGGGCCCAGGACAUCUCUCUGAUGAAGGGAGGUUGUAUGGCCAGGGGAGUGGUACAGCAUGAGAUCCAGCACUCCCUGGGCUUCUUCCACGAGCAGAGCCGCAGCGACCGCGACAAGUUUGUAGACGUCCUGUGGCAGAACAUCGAUAAAGGUGACUGGUCUGAGUUUAAUUUGGUAGACACGAAUAAUAUGGAUCUCCCAUAUGACUACUCUUCAGUUAUGCACUAUGGGAGGUACUCCUAUUCCAAUACAUCGGGGGAGCCAAGCCUCAUACCCAAACCAGACCAGUCUGUGGGAAUCGGGCAGAGAUUUGGGCUGAGUUCACUAGACCUUUCCAAGCUUAAGAAGCUGUAUGAUUGUAACGAAUGCAGUUUUUUAGUCACGGGGACCAAUGGCUCUCUGAACUUUGAUGCCCCCAUGUCUACGUAUUCUGACGCCACAAACUGCCUAUGGCUUGUGAGAGUCAACAGGAAUAAGGUGUACCUGCAGUUUGACACAUUUAAUGUGUCUCCCUAUGGUGAAUGUACAUCUGGCUUCAUCACGGUGUACGACGGUUCAAGCAAAGACGCUCCAUUGUUGGUGGAGAGGGCAUGCAAUGACCAGGAACUCCCUCUGCUGGUGGCAUCUGGAAGAGACUUGCUGGUGGAACUUGUACGUGAAGUCUCUUUCUCUUCCACUGAUGUAACGGCUUUCUAUAGUUUAGUGGACUGUGGAGGGACCUACACCAGGGACAACGGCACCGUCACCUCCCCAGGAUUUCCUGAGCUUUACCCAAACCUGGCUAACUGCGUCACCACCAUAUGGGCUCCGGUAGGGUUCCAGAUUGUCCUAAAUUUCACAACGUUCGAUCUGGAAUAUUCGACCUCCUGUCUGUACGAUUACCUGAUUAUCAAUGACGGGGGAAGGCUGGAUUCUCCUCUUUUGGGUCUGUUCUGCUCCAACGAUCCCGUCCCCGCCAUCACUUCCACAGGAAACGCUCUACUUCUACAAUUCCGCAGCGACAACUGGUUCAACAUGGCCGGCUACUCCGCGGACUACCAUUUCGUGCAAUCGCCGUAGACUUCAAGAAUACCAAGGACCUUCUAGAUCUGCUGAGAUUCUCCAAGGACUGCUCAGAAGAAAUCCAUUAUAAAAUGUACUGUCUGCUGGUUUCACUCACCGGCCUUUGACUCAAUUCAGCCAAUUUAAUUUGUACUUAUUGUAAUGUUAGGCAUGAGCUUUGGUUUGUUCCAAACUGGGUUUGGGUCUAAAUCUUGGGUGGGGAUACUAGUGGCAUCAUUGGCGCAGGAAUGCUCGUGACAUCAUUGACCCAAUAUGGCCACAUAGACAUUGACCUAACUUGACUAUUCAGCCAUAUUAGGUUAAUGGUGUCCUAAGCAUCUUUUCCCUGCUUUAGAGUACACAGAGGGGUGGGAAUGCUAGUGACGUCAUUGGAGCAGGGAUGCUUGUGACAUCAUAUGGCCUUAUAGCCAUAUUAAGUCAAUGACAUUGACCUUAUAUGGUCAUGUGGCCAUAUUUGGUCAAUGAUGUCACGAGCAUCCCCAUUCCACAGCAGAUGUACACAACGGGGCGGGGGAUGCUCAUGACAUCAUUGACCUAAUCUAGCCAUAUAGCCAGAUUAGGUCAAUGAUGUCCUUAGCCAGUGGCGG